AUGAGUGAGAGUGGGUUUGAAAGAGAUGGCAGCUCCACCUUCGGUGGAAGCAGUUACCAAUCAUCUGAGGGCGGAGGUGACAGUUACCAACCAUCUGAGGGCGGAGCAGCUCCUAUGCUUAAGGCCCAAAGGCCCAGGGCCCGAAUCCAGAACAUUGUACCUUGUUGUGUAAACCAGCUGCUUACCUCGACUCUGAUUGCCGAUGUGUUCAAGAUUAGAGGAAUUGUAGUGUCCCAGGUUUCCAUCGUGGGGAUAAUCAGAGGGGCAGAGAAGGCUUCAAAUCACAUACGUUACAAAAUUGAUGAUAUGACCUCGAAGCCAAUUGAGGCCCGGGUUUGGCUUGGCAGAGAAAAAGCCAAGCAGAUGACUCCAUUGCCAGUCGGAGUAUACGUCAAAGUGUUCGGUAUCCUCAAAGGUUCCGUGGAGACAAAGAGUCUCGAAGUGUUGAAAAUCCAUGUCCUGGAGGACAUGAACGAGUUCACCGUACACAUUCUGGAAACGGUCAAUGCACACAUGAUGCUGGAGAAAGCCCAGCAAGCGGCCACUGGAGAAAGUGCGUCUGUGGCCCCAUCAGAAAUGAAUGACCCCAGUGAUAACAAGGAAGAUCGCCUCGACCUUAUCCGGAAGGAAGUGCUGCGUUUGAUUCUAGAGUGUCCUCUGCAAGAAGGGAAGAGCAUCCAUGAGCUCCAGACCCAGCUCAGCGGCCUGAGCGUCGAGGUCAUCAAGCAAGCGAUCGAUUACCUGACCUUCGAGGGCCAUAUCUAUCCCACUGUGGAUCGGGAGCAUUUUAAAUCGGCUGAUUGA